AUGGUUUAUGGCGAAUUUUUCCGCAGACCUGGCAAAGAUGCAGAACUUAUCAAUUUGAAUGUGGGUGGCUUUAAGCAAUCGGUGGACCAAAGCACCUUGCUCCGAUUUCCCCAUACCAGGCUUGGGAAACUUCUCAAAUGCCAUUCAGAAGAGGCUAUUCUAGAACUGUGUGAUGAUUAUAGUGUUGCAGACAAGGAAUAUUACUUUGACAGGAAUCCUUCCUUGUUCCGAUAUGUUCUGAAUUUUUACUAUACAGGCAAACUUCAUGUCAUGGAAGAACUUUGUGUCUUUUCCUUCUGCCAGGAAAUAGAGUACUGGGGUUCCUGCUGCAGCAAUCGGUACCAAGAAAGGAAAGAAGAAGGUCCUGAGAAAGACUGGGACCAGAAGAGCAAUGACGGAAGCAUAGACUCCUCUAACGAAGAGUCAUCCAUAUUUGAUAAAGAGCUGGAAAAGUUUGACAAUCUGUGUUUUGGUGAAAUAAGGAAGAAGAUCUGGGUCAGAAUGGAAAAUCCUGCAUACUGCUUGUCUGCCAAGCUAAUUGCUGUGUCGUCCCUGAGCGUUGUCCUGGCAUCCAUUGUGGCCAUGUGUAUUCACAGCAUGCCAGAGUUUCAAAGGCUGGACGCCAACGAUAGGGAGAUUGAAGACCCUGUGCUGGAAGCUGUGGAGAUCACAUGCAUCAUCUGGUUCACUGCUGAGCUCGUGAUCAGGCUGAUCACCGCUCCAAGUCAGAAGAAGUUCUGGAAGAAACCAUUGAAUAUCAUUGAUUUUGUUUCUAUUAUCCCGUUUUAUGCCACUUUAGCUGUGGACACAAAGGAAGAAGAAAGUGAAGAUAUUGAAAACAUGGGUAAAGUGGUUCAGAUCCUGCGGCUAAUGAGGAUAUUUCGCAUCCUGAAACUGGCCAGGCACUCUGUAGGACUGCGGUCUUUAGGUGCCACCUUGAGACACAGCUAUCAGGAAGUUGGACUUCUGCUUUUGUUUUUGUCUGUUGGGAUUUCUAUUUUUUCAGUGCUUGUCUACUCAGUGGAGAAAGAUGAUGACUCAUCAGAACUGCACAGCAUCCCCAUUUGCUGGUGGUGGGCAACCAUCAGCAUGACCACUGUUGGUUAUGGGGACACUUACCCGGUCACUCUUGCUGGAAAGCUGCUCGGCACCCUAUGCAUUAUCUGUGGGAUACUGGUGGUAUCACUUCCAAUCACCAUUAUUUUCAAUAAGUUUUCUAAGUACUAUCAAAAACAGAAAGACAUUGAUCCAGACCAAUGCAACAAUGAUCGCAAAGAGAAGUGUAACGAACUACCUUAUUUUAACAUUAGGGAUAUUUAUGCAAAAAAGAUGCACUCCUUCAUUUCUAGCCUUUCUUCAGUAGGAAUUGUAGUCAGUGACCAAGAUUCAACAGAUGCCUCCAGCAUCCAAGAUAUAGAGGAUGUUUAUAACGCAACAUCUUUUGAGAAUGGUACAGGAAAAUGA